GAGGCUGAGAGUUCGGAAGACGAAAACGAGUGCAACUCCACCAGCGAAAGAGCAGAAGAGGAAAGACUCCUAUCCACUACGCCAAACCCUGCUUCGAAGGCAACUUCUGGAACACGACCCGGUCCUCAGCAACCUCGCAUCCCCAUACUGGAUUCAUCAAAAGUCAAGAAGAUUAUGGACUGGCGUGCUCACGUGGCUUCCCAGUUAGCUUCCCAGUCGAGGGGCGUCCAAGUCGAGCUCACUGCGAACAAACGCAGAGGCGGUUAUCUGGAGAGAGUCGAUUUCUUACAGAGAGUCCAAGAUAGGCGGCAAGAUGUACUGGAAGACCCCAGACCGAACAAACGAAGGAAGAAAUAGUCUAUGGACUUUUGGCUGCAUGCAAUGCAGACAGAUGGUAUAUGCUGUGACCCAUCGACUUUCAAGGCAAAUUCCUUGAAUACACCAUCGCAGUACUUCUGCGAUGCUUAUUCUGGACGGUCAGAAUGCACGUGACCGCGUUUCCUUCCGAAACAUUUUAGCACCUGACUGAGAUGGACACCGUCU